AUGUCUACGUCAAAUAACUCAAAUAAUCAUUUUGACAUUAUCUGUGAACGAUUACUUGUAUUAAAAUCAUGGACAGAUGAACAAAAAACACGUCUAUUAGAAAUUAUUAUCGAAUGGACCACUAAAUAUGAACAGUCAGUGCCAACACAGUUAAAUAAUAUUCUACAGCAUUUACGAGAACUUUUUACACAUAAUGUUAUUAUCGUCCCAUUAUUGCCAGUAGAAACUAUUCUUAAAGUUAUACAAUCAAGUCAUAUUCCAGCUGAAUUAUGGGUCGAUUGUCUCAUGAAUGCAGUUGAAUCUCCAUCGGAUAAUAAUAAUGAAAACAAGAUCUUAUUCGAUUUUACACCAGUAACAAUUCCAACAACAGUUUCUACGUCAUCCACUUUAUUUAAUUCAUAUCUAUCUGAACAAGAAUCACAAAAUGAUCGAUGUUCUAGUAUGUUUGAUCGAUCGUCAAUUAAAGAUACUAAUUUAACUGACCAAUUUUUUUCAUUUUGUUCAUCAUUAACUAUGUCAACGAGUACAUUUCAUAGACUUCCUAGUGAAGAAUCAUUAGAAGAAUAUCAAACAAGACUACUUGGUAAUCUUCAAGAAUUAUACCAACUUAAAUGGGAUCAAUUAUCUGUAGAAUCGCUUCGAUGUACAUUUACUAAUCCAGAAAAUUUUAAUAAUCUUUCAUCGAUUAAAAAAGCUUUAUUUAUUGUUGAAACUAUAGUUGUAAAUCGAAUCUCAUUACAAUCACAUAUUAAACGUAUUGUAAAUAAUAUAACCAAAAAGUCUUCAAAUAAAUGGAUGGAUGAAUUAAACAAAAUUGUUAAUGAACAAGGUAAAAAUAAAUCAUUACAAACACUACUUCAAGAAUUACGUCAAGUAAAUUCAUUUAUAAAUCUUGACAAUUUGAAACAACAAUAUAAAAAAGUAAUGAAUUAUUAUGAACAGGAAACAAUUCGAAUGACAUCAUCUGAUAUCCAAAAUCAACAAAAUUAUUAUGAUGAAUUUUAUAAAAUAGCUGUUAUUAUACAAGGUGUUUAUAUAUUUAAACAAGUGCGACCAAGAGAUAUUCAAAUUUUAUCACUUCUUCUUUUCAUUGAAAGUAAACAUAAAAAUCGAGGACGAUUAGCUCAAAUAUGUACCGGUGAAGGUAAAUCAAUUAUUGUAGCAAUGUUGGCUGUUUAUUUAUCAUUAGCAUCAUCAGAAAAAUAUGUAGAUAUUAUUACAACAUCAGAGAUUCUUGCUCAACGUGAUGCUCAAGAAUUCGCACCUUUCUAUCAAAUGUUUAAUCUUACAGUUGGACAUAAUUGUCGUGAUCCUUCUGAAACUCCAAAUUACAGGUUUGAUAUUAUUUAUGGAACAAUAAAUCAAUUUGCUGGUGAUUUACUUCGUACUGAAUUUUAUUUAAACACAGAAGUACGUGGUGAUCGACCUUAUUCAAUAGUUAUUGUGGAUGAAGUUGGUAGUAUGUUUAUUGAUCAACGUGAACAUUUUACACAAUUAGCAUCAUUAACACCUGGUUAUAAAUCAUUAAAUAUUAUAUUGAAAUUUAUUUUUAUAUUUUUUAAAAAAUAUAAUAUUACUGAAAAUAAUGAAUUCGUUAUAAAACAAGAAAAUGGUUUUGUUAAAGUUGAUGCUCUUCGUUUUAUUCGUGAAAAAUUAAAUGAUAAACAAUUAAUUGAAUUUUCUGAAUUUCGUCGAUCAUAUAUUCUUUUUAAAUUACCAAAAUGGAUUCAAAGUGCAAGACGAGCACUUUAUGAAUUACAACUUGAUAUUGAUUAUAUAAUUAAUAAAGAAAACGAAAUUGUUGUUGUUGAUUAUUUACAUACAGGUGUAUCGCAACUAAAUAUGCAUUGGAGUGAUGGUAUUCAUCAAUUUCUUCAAUUAAAACAUAAUUUACGUAUGACACCUGAACAUAUGUGUGAUUCAUUUUAUUCAAAUGUUACUUUAUUUAAAAAAUAUGAAUAUUUAUAUGGUUUAACAGGUACAUUAGGUGGAAAAGAUGCACAAAAUUUUAUAAAAACACUUUAUAACAUUGAUGUUGUUAUUAUACCAAAAUAUAUGGAUAGUGUAUUUGAUAUUUAUCCAAAUCAAUUUGCUGAUAAUCGUCAAUUAUGGUUGGAAAAAAUUCGUAUUGAAUGUCAUACAAUUGCUAUUACUAAUCGUCGAGCUAUAUUAAUUAUUUGUCAAACUAUACGUGAUGCAAAUGAUGUUCAAUCUUAUUUAAGUUCUCAACAUUCAAAUAUAAAACUUUAUCUUCGAAGUGAUGAACAUACAAAGCCAGAAGAAGUUUGUCCAUGUGAUGUUAUUGUUGCAACAAAUUUAGCUGGACGUGGAACUGAUUUAAAAGUUCUAACAUCUGUUGUUGAUCGUGGUGGUUUACAUGUAAUUGUUACAUUUAUGCCAAAUAAUUCACGUGUUGAACAACAAGCAUUUGGUCGAACUGGACGACAAGGACAACCAGGUUCAGCUCGAUUGAUUAUUUAUAAAGAAUAUGAUAAUAUGAUAUCAUAUAGAUCAAUGAAUGAGAUUCAAAUAGUAGAAAAUUGGAAACAAGCUCGAGAUAAAUUUGAACGAGAUAAUAUGAAUGAAGCAAUUGAAGAAGUUAAUCGAAUUGAAGCAAAAGAUCGUCUUCUUGUCCGUUUUCUUAAUGUUGUUUAUUCACGUAAAGGUGAUCUUUCAUUUACUGAAGAUAUAUUACAACCAGGUUUCGGUUCACUUCGUGAAUUAUGGAGUUCUUUUUGUGAUGAAGAUUUAUCAACAGCUGAUCAACGUUUUCCAGCAUUUGCAAAUGAAAUAGAACAAAAACUUGACAGAGCUAUUGCAACUAUGAAACAAACAUUAUCACAACCAUGUUUUCUAUUUCCUUGGCAUAGAGAUGAAGAACAACGUCAUACUGAACAUAUAGCUAAUGCAACAUGUGAUGCUCUUCGUCACUUGAUUGUUCAUCCAAAAUAUUUUAUAAUGGCUGGUAUUAAAAUGUUGUGUAUGAAAAAUAUAUUUGAAAGAGAAAAGCGUGCAUUAACAUUAUAUCAACAAGCAGCCAAUCUUGAUAAACAAGAUUUUAUUCUUCAUUAUAAUAUGGUAUCAUGCUAUAUUAAAAAUGAUCAAAAUUCAAUAAAUGAAGCUCUAAAAGAAUUGAAUAUAGCUGUAACAUUACUUUGUAAUGAAAUUGAAAGACGUAAACUUCUACAAAUUCAUGAUGACUCAUCAUCACAAACAUCUGUUGAUAGAUCAUGUAUUGCUGAACUUGUCUAUCUCGAACAUGUUCAUUCUAUAUUUGAAGCUAGUCGAGAUCAAUUACGUAAAUUUGAUGAAGAUAAACAUAAAAUAACCUGUCGUAGUGAAAGUUGGGAAGUAACAUUAUCAAGUUUAGAGAAUACACAUUUUAAAGCAAUUAAAAGUGAAAUUCAUACUGAAUAUCAAGAAUGGUAUAGUGAAGGUUUAGUGUGGGUAUUUAUAUUUGAAAUUGAAGCUAAACGAUGUUGGUGGAAAACAAUAUUUGUUUUUGUUAUGGGUAUUGCACAAAUUGUUGGUGGAGCCUUUUUAUGUGUUGCUGGUCAGUGGAAAUUAGGAACAUCAAUGGUUCUUAAUGGAAUUUUUGAUGUUUAUGCAGCUGUUGCUACAAAAAUUACUGCUGAUUUUGAUCUUGUUAAUUAUUACAAACAAAAAGUAAUUACUUAUGGAUUAAAUCUAUUAUGUAUAACACCAGCUGUAAGUAACCUUGUUAAACCAAUUGCAUCAAUAGAACAAACUCGAAUAGUUGGUGUUGCUGCUAUUAGUACUCAUAAACUAUCUACAAAAGGAUUUACUAUUGAGGUUUUAACAAAUACCGCUUUAACUAGUAUGAAUAUAGCAGGUAUUGAUAAUCAUACGAUUGAUUUUCUUAAACAAAUACCAGAACGAUAUAAAGAUAUUGAAGCUUUAAUUUCUGGUGAUUUCGAUCAGAUAAUAAAUCAAGGUACAUCGAUGAUGGUUAAUCAAUUUUUAGGUACGUUAGAUAAUGAUUCUUUAUUUGGAGGAAAAACAAAAGAAAUAUUUCAAAUUGUUCAACGCCAUACACCACUUAUAAAACAUGUUUAUGACGGAAACAGUAAAGCUAUAGUUUCAUAUGCUCUCAAUACUAUGGAUGAUAUAUUACCCAAUAUACCAAUAAUAGAUACAUUAGGUUUAGCUUUACCAUAUACUCUUCAUAGUGUUGUUAAAAAGGAAGUAUUAGAAAUUAAUAAUUUAUUUCUAUCGACUAUUAAAAAACUUAAUUCCACUAAUGGAGAACAUACAUCACAAACAUUGGAUAUUGUACAAAAAAUUUUAUAUGCAUCAGAUAAAUGGACUGUGUUUGAGCAAAAUAAAGAUAAACUAAAUACUGAAAUUUGUCAAUUACUUCGUCCUGCUAUCGAACGUGAACUAAAACUUCUUGAUGAAUAUGAACAAGUAAUGAAUAAUCCUCAAGUUUUUGGUAGAUGUUGUGAAAUAUUCAGAUCUUCUAAUGUUACCUUUGGUACAAUACAAAAUCAACACAAUAAUUUACAAGGAGAAAUUCGAAGAAAACAAACUGAUAAUCAUCUAUUACAACAAUCGAUAAUUACAUUUAUUGAUGAAUUAAGUAAAACUACGAAAAAUAUAAGAAAAAGUUCAAAAACAACAAAUGCAUUCAAAGAAUAUCUUAACGAUAGCAUUAUUCGACCUAGUAUUGAGAAUGCAUGUGAACAAGAAAUGGAUAAAAAUGAUGAAAAAAUUAUGGAUAAAUUUACAAAAGCAUUGAUAUAUAUACAAGAACAGCAAAAAAAUUUCAAUGAAACUUAA